UUAAAGAUGGCAACAAAAUGAAAUUUUCGGUUUGUUUCCACGUCUUAUGCGAGCGUGUCCGGUCUGCUAUGUUGUGAUUGUGAAGCUUGAUAAUUGUAAACGUUACGCUUUCUUAUGAAUUCAAUUUAUUAAACAUCUGAUCAUUAUUUAUCCACACAAGAUGCAGCUCUACAUAUUAUCUGUUUUUUGUGCUGUUAUAUGCCUUGCUAUUGCUCAAGAGGAAACUCAAGCCCGCCUUCUAGUUCAUAAAAGGCUUCUUAAUAAAUACUUAGUUGAAGGAAGAGACCUCAUAGCAGAUUAUAACAUCUAUAAUGUUGGAGGAAGUGCUGCUGUUAAUGUCCAGCUGAAAGAUAAUAGUUUUCCACUUCAAGAUUUUGAAUUAAUAAUUGGCUUUCCUAGCAUGAAACUUGACAGACUUGCAGCUGGUAGCAAUUUGUCUCAUACAGUUAUCUAUAGACCUAAGAGAACUGGUUUAUAUAAUUUUACUGCUGCUGAAGUGACUUACUAUCCAUCUGAAGACAGCAAAGAGUUACAGGUAACAUAUUCAACUGAGCCUGGUGAAGCAGUUAUCAUAUUGGGAAAAGAUUUUGAUAGAAAGUUCUCUCCUCACAUGACUGACUGGGCUGCUUUUGCUGUGAUGACAUUGCCAUCUCUUGGAAUACCUUUCUUGUUGUGGUACAGAAGUAAAUCUAAAUAUGAAAGCAUUGCCAAACAGAAAAAGCACUGAUAAUGUAUUUUUGUUUAAUAAAUUUUUUAUAUAAAAGUUA